UAUCAUUUUUCAUUGUUGUCUAUAAAUGUAUGAAUGAAACUGACACUAAUAUGAUUUUAUUAUAAAAUAUUGAUAAAAGAUAAGAAGUAAUUAUAAAUGAUACAGUUACUAUUAUAUUUGAUAAUAUAAUAAAAUAAACAAAUAUGUUAAUUAACGAAAACUAAUUAUUAUGGUCACUAAUAGUUAAUAAAAGAAAAUCUCAUGAAUAAAAUGUCUUCACAAAAUAUUGAAGCAACUAAUUCAAGUCAUAAAUAUUCAGAUCGACUGAGUCAACGCACUGAUACUGACUCAGUACACUCAAGAUUUCGAUCAACAAAAAUAUAUUGUGAUAUUUGCAAUAUGAGUAUAGUUAUUGAAAAUCAUUCUUACAUAGAAAAACAUUUUAAUGAUUCUCAUCCUUCUAAACAAUUUUGUUGUUAUUGUAAAGGCAAAGUAUUUACUUAUACACAAAUGCCUAAUGAUUGUACUCAGAAACCAAAAUCUAUAUUAUACCAUAAAUGUAAUAAAUCUUAAGUACAAAUAGUAAUUAUAAAUAUUUAGGAAAAGAAUACAAAAGAAUUUUUUUAU